UCUCUCUCUCACGCACGGCGGCACGGACACGCUUGCUCACUCCUCCCCUCAUCCCCGCCUACUUCUUCCACCUGCCACCACCUUCACUCUCUUCCAAUCCGCCCCAUGCGGGUUUCUCCGAGUUACGCAUAAUCAGGAAACCCGCAUCUCUACAUUGACUGAGCGACACGGGUCCCCAUCGUGGCUUCGGCUCCAUUGGGUGAAGGAAGAACUGUGUCAGCAGAGCAGGAGCGGGAGAGCCAUGGAGGUGACGUCAAUUCCGGCCGACACUUACAAGGUAGGAUUUUUCGGGGCGGGGAAGAUGGCAGAGAGCAUAGCGAGAGGGAUGGUCCGGUCGGGCAUCCUCCCGCCUUCCAGGAUCUGCACCGCCGUACACUCAAACCUCACACGCGGCCACGCCUUCGAGUCCUUCGGCGUUUCCGUCCUCCCCGACAAUCAGGCUGUGGUGAAAGACAGCGAUGUGGUCAUCUUCUCUGUGAAGCCCCAAGUUGUUAAAGAUGUGAUCUUACAGUUGAAGCCACAGCUAUCCAAGAAGCAACUUUUGGUUUCAGUGGUUGCAGGGAUAAAAUUGAAAGAUCUUCAGGAAUGGGCUGGUCAUGAACGAUUCAUCAGGGUGAUGCCGAACACUCCUUCUGCAGUGGGCGAGGCAGCUUCAACCAUGAGCCUUGGAGGUGCGGCAACAGAACAGGACGGAGAGCUAAUUGCAACUCUAUUCGGAUCAAUCGGCAAAAUCUGGAAAGCUGAUGAAAAAUAUUUUGAUGCGAUCACUGGCCUCAGCGGGAGUGGUCCAGCAUACAUCUUUUUGGCUAUAGAGGCUCUGGCUGAUGGAGGAGUGGCUGCAGGUCUACCUCGAGAUCUCGCACUGAGUCUAGCUUCACAAACCGUGCUCGGAGCAGCAACUAUGGCCUCCAAAAGCAGUAAGCACCCGGGCCAGCUCAAGGAUGAUGUGGCAUCACCUGGGGGCACCACCAUUGCAGGAAUCCAUGAACUAGAGAAGUCCGGGUUCCGCGGGAUACUAAUGAACGCAGUUGUUGCAGCUGCUAAGCGCAGCAAAGAACUCUCCCCGAGCUAAUUGCGGCAUCCUCACUUCUCAACCCAGAGGACGGGGCCCCACAUUUUUGUUCAAGCUUCCACAACUCGAACUGAUAUUGCGGCGCUCUCUGUUUUCUUUCUUUAGGAGUACUUUAAAUGCCGACGUGGCUAACAAUAAUGUAAGCACAGCCGAUUCAUUCUAGUAUUUAUGAGGCAUUUCUGACCGAUUAAUUACUGCAAA